AUGAUAAUUGAUGAGACUAUAUGCUGCUGUGUGUUUCAAUCAACAGCUCCAAAUGACUUCUUGCUCUAUAGCAACCGAUCUCAGAUACAUUCUAUCUUGAAACAUCCAGAAGCUGCAUUGCAUGAUGCCGACAUGGCCUGCAGACUCCAGCCACAUUGGCUGAAGGGUCACUUACGCAAAGGCCAAGCCUUAGCCCUCUUGGGAAACACAGCAGAAGCCCUCAGGGAGUUCCUGUUCUGUGUGGCAUUGGAUGAGGAUAACAGGAUGGUCAGAACUGAAGCUGCAAAGCUCCUGUUCAGCUUGUUCUCACCUAUCCCUGGGAAUACCCAGGAGCGCUUAGCAAGCAGCCUUCAAUUGGAGCCCAGCGGCUCUAAAGCAAGGGGUGGUGCUGUGCCUUCCCAGCCCUGUGGAAUUUCCAACAGAGAUGAACCUCAGCUUCCAGGAUUGGUUGAGGAGAUAGAGAAAGUCCCUCCUGUUCAGGAGGAACCAAACCUCCCUAGCUGCAGUGGCGUGAGGAGACCAGCCACAGGGGUGGUACACGGCAACGAAUGUAUGAGGGAGAGAAGAGAAGGGAAGGCCAAGGAGGUAGAAAAACGGGCUCCAGUUCUCAGGUCCAGGGAGAAGAGACAGGCCUCAAUGGUCCAGGUCCAGGAGGAGGAGAAACAGACUCUGGAAGCCCAACCCAAGGAGAAGAGAAAGGCUACAAUGGUUGAGCCUGAGGAUAAGGAGAGACAGGUUCAGGGGACCCAUCUUAAGGCCAAAGAGAAGAGACAGAAUAAAACAGUUGAUCCUGAGGAAGAGGAGAUGCAGGUUCUGGUGACCCAUCCUGAGGAGAGACAGACUCUGGUGGUUCAGCCUGAAGAGGUAAAAGAGGAGAUACAAGCAAUGAUGGUCCAGCCUGAGGAGGAGGAUAUACAAGCUGUGGUGGUGCAGCCAGAGGAAGAGGAGGAGGAGAUACAAGCUGUAGUGGUCCAGCCAGAGGAAGAGGAGAUACAGGCUGUGGUGGUCCAGCCAGAGGAAGAGGAGGAGGAGAUACAGGCUGUAGUGAUCCAGCCAGAGGAGGAGAUACAGGCUGUGAUGGUCCAGCCAGAUGAGGAGGAGAUACGGGCUGUGGUAGUCCAGCCAGAUGAGGAGAUACAGGCUUUGAUGGUCCAGCCCGAGGAGGAGAUACGGGCUGUGGUGGUCCAGCCAGAGGAGGAGGAGAUACGGGCUGUGGUGGUCCAGCCAGAGGAGGGGGAGAUACAAGCUGUGGUGGUCCAGCCAGAGGAGGGGGAGAUACAAGCUGUGGUAGUCCAACCUGAGGAGGAGAUACGGGCUGUGUUGGUCCAACCAGAAGAGGACAUGCAGGCUAUGCUGGUCCAGCCAGAGGAUGAGAUACAGGCCAUGAUGGUCCACCCUGAGGAGGCAAUACAGGCUAUGAUGAUCCAGCCUGAGGAGGAGAUACAGGCUAUGAUGGUCCAGCCUGAGGAGGAGAUACAGGCUGUGGUGGUCCAGCCUGAGGAAGAAAUGCAGGCUAUGAUGGUCCAGGUCAAAGAAGAAGACAUACAGGUUCCUGUGUUCCAGCCCAAAGUGGAGGAAGAAGAGAUUCAGGCUGUAGUGGUUCAGCCUAAGGAAGAGGAGAUAGAAAUUCCUGUAUUCCAGCCCAAGGAAGAAGAGAUAGACCUUCCAGAUUUUCACAUUAAAGAGGAGCCAAUAGACAUUCCAGAUUUCCAGCUCAAAGAGGAGCCGAUAGACAUUCCUGAAUUCCACUUCAAGCAGGAGGAGAUAGACUUUCCUGAGUUCCAGUUCAAACAGGAAGAAGAGGAGGGGGAGAUAGAUUUUCCUGAGUUUCAGCUCAAGGAAGAAGAGGAAGAGAUAGAUUUUCCUGAGUUCCGGCUCAAGGAGGAGGAGGAGGAUUUAGAUUUUCCUGAGUUCCAGCUCAAGGAAGAGGCAGAGGAUUUAGAUUUUCCUGAGUUCCAACUCAAGGAAGAGGCAGAAGAUUUAGAUUUUCCUGAGUUCCGUCCCAAAGAGGAGGAAGAGGAUUUAGACUUUCCUGACUUUCAGCCUAAAGAGGAGCCGCUAGACAUUCCAGAGUUCCACAUUAAAGAGGAGCCAAUUGACAUUCCAGAGUUCCACAUUAAAGAGGAAGUAGAGGAUGAGGAGAUACCGGUUUUGAUGUCCCGACCAGAAGAGGAGACACUGGCUCUGAUGGCCCAGUCUAUGGAGCAAAAUAGACAGGCUUUCAUGUACCACACUGAAGAGAGACAGGCUUUCUUGUACCACCCUGAAGAGAGGCAGGCUUUCUUGUACCAUCCUGAAGAGAGGCAGGUUUUCAUGUACCAUCCUGAAGACAGACAGGCUUUCAUGUACCAUCCUGAAGAGAGACAGGCUUUCCUGUACCACCCUGAUGAGAGGCAGAUUUCCAUGUACCAACUUGAAGAGAGACAGCUUUCCAUGUACCAGUAUGAAGAAACACAGGCUUCAACAUCACAGCUUGAAGAGAUACAGGCCUCCAUGUCCCAGCUUGGAGAAACACAUGCCUCAACAUCCCAGGCUGAAAUGGUACAGGCCUCCAUGUCCCAGUUUGAAGAAAUACAGGCUUCAGCAUCCCAUUUCCAAGAAGGACAGGUCUCCAUGUCCCAGUUCGAAGAAAUACAGGCCUCAGCAUCCCAUUUCCAAGAAGGACAAGUCUCCAUGUCCCAGUUCGAAGAAAUACAGGCCUCAACAUCCCAUCUCCAAGGACAUGCCUCCAUGUCCCUGUUUGAAGAAACACAGCCCCAAGAGGGACAGGCCUCAGUGUUCCAGCUUGAAGAGGUGCAGGCCUCAGUGUCCCAAUCUGAAGAGGGACAGGCCUCCAUGUCCCAGCUCGAAGAAACACAGGCCUCAACAUUCCAGUUUGAAGAAAUACAGGCUUCAACAUCCCAACCUCAAAAGGGACAGGCUUCAGCAUCCCAGCCUAAAGAGGGGCAGGCCUCAGUGUCCCAGCCUGAAGAAAGACAGGCUUUUGUAUUCCAGCCCAAUGAAGCUUUUAUGUUCCAGACUGAUGAGGAACAAGAUUUUAUGUUCCAGCCCAAUGAAGAGCAAGCUUUUGUGUUCCAGCCUGAUGAGGGACAAACUUCUGUGUUCCAGCCAGAUGAGGUACAAGCUUCUGUGUUCCAGCCUGAUGAGGAACAAGAGUCCGAGUUCCAGCCAGAUGAAGGACAAGCUUCUGAGUUCCAGCCAGAUGAAGGACAAGCUUCUGAGUUCCCACCAGAUGAGGGACAAGCUUCCUUGUUCCAGCCCAUUGAGGGACAAGCUUCCUUGUUCCAGCCCAUUGAGGGACAAGCUUCAGAGUUCCAGCCCAUUGAGGGACAAGCUUCCUUGUUCCAGCCCAUUGAAGGACAAGCUUCCUUGUUCCAGCCCAAUGAGGGACAAGCUUCCUUGUUCCAGCCCAAUGAGGGACAAGCUUCCUUGUUCCAGCCCAUUGAGGGACAAGCUUCUGAGUUCCAGCCCAUUGAGGGACAAGCAUCCGAGUUCCAGCCUGAUGAGGGACAAGCUUCUGAAUUCCAGCCCGAUGAGGGACAAGCUUCUGAGUCCCAGGCCUAUGAGGAACAAGCUUCCGAGUUCCAGCCCAAUGAGGGACAAACUUCUGAGUUCCAGCCCGAUGAGGGACAAGCUUCUGAGUUCCAGCCAGGGAAGAGACAGGCUUCAGUGUCCCAGACCAGAAAGAGACAGGCUUCAGUGUCCCAGACCAGAAGGAGACAGGCUUCAGUGUCCCAGACCAGAAAGAGACAGGCUUCAAUGUCUCAUCUUGGAAAAAGACAGGCUUCUCUAUCCCAACCUGGGAAGAGACAGGCUUCUACUUCCCAGUUCAGAAAGAGACAGGCUCCUACUUCCCAGUAUGGGAAGAGACAUGCUUCUGUUUCCUUGUUAGAAAAGAGACAGGCUUCUACAUCCCAGGUCAAGAAGAAGAGACAAGCUCGAGUAGCCCAGCCUAAAGAGGAGAGGAAACAGGCACGAGUGGCCCAGCCCAAGAAGAGAAAGGCUCCAGCAGCCCAGCCUAAGGAUAAGAAGAGACAGGCUCCAAUGAUCCAGCCCAAGAAAAAGAGACAAGCUCCAGUUACCCAGCCCAAGAAAAGGAAACCAUCUCCAGUGACCCAGCCCAAGAAGAGACUAGGACGGGUGGUCCAAGCCAAGAAGAAAACAGGUCGAGUGGUCCAAGCCAAAAAGAGACAGUCUCUGGAAACCCAGGCCAAGAAGAGGCAGACUCAAGUGGCCCCAGCCAAGAAGAGACAGACUCGAGGAGCCCUGGCCAAGGAGGAGGAGGAAGAAGAGGAGAACAAACAACCCAAGACACGUCAAAUGCCAAAACGAAAACGCUGUGCACCACAAUCCUCAGACUCUGAAAUACCACGCAAGAUUCCUAAGAAAGAUACACAUGAGACUCGGGAAACAGAUCGUUCCCACAAUGUUCCCUUUGAAUCUUUUGACCCAACUGACCUGGAUUGCCCUCUCUGCAUGAGACUGUUCUAUGAGCCUGUCACCACCCCCUGUGGACACACCUUCUGCAUGAAGUGUCUUGAAAGAAGCCUGGAUCAUAACCCCAAGUGUCCCCUGUGCAAAGAAGGCCUUGCAGAGUGUGUGUCUGUGAGGAAAUGCAGCAAAAAUUUACUGAUGGAGGCGAUGAUAGCCAAGUAUCUGCCUGAUGACCUCAAGGAGCGCAGAAGGAUUUUCGAGGAGGAAAUGGCAGAACUCUCCAACAGCCUGAGUAAGAACGUGCCUAUCUUUGUGUGCACCAUGGCCUACCCCACUGUGCCAUGCCCCCUACACAUCUUUGAACCCUGCUACCGCCUUAUGAUUCGAAGAUGCAUGGAGACCGGCAGCAAGCACUUUGGCAUGUGUAUUGGCGACUCCACCAGAGGGUUUGCAGAAUAUGGUUGCUUGCUGGAGAUAAGAAAUGUUGAGUUCUUUCCUGACGGCCGCUCCGUCGUGGACAGCAUUGGUAAGAGGAGAUUUAAGGUGCUCCGGCAGAGCCAGAGGGAUGGCUACAACACAGCUGACAUCGAAUAUGUUGAGGAUCAGAAGGUUGAAGGAGAAGAGUAUCUCCGGUUGCUGAACCUGCACAGUUCCGUGUAUGAUCAGGCGCUUGCCUGGUUCAAUUCUCUCCAGCAGGCGCUCCGUAGCCGCAUUCUUGGCCACUUUGGGCCCAUGCCGCCUAAAGAUCUUGACCCACAGGUCAACCCCAAUGGCCCUUCUUGGUGCUGGUGGAUUCUGGCAGUCCUACCACUUGAAAGCCGAGCUCAGCUCCCCUUCUUGUCCAUGCAGUCCCUAAAGAACCGCUUGAAUGGAAUUCGUCGUGUCCUGAUGUAUUUGGCCAGCAACCAAAACCCAAAUCAGGUCCAGGUCCAUGUCCAAGAUGAAGAUGAAGACCAAGACGAAGAUGAAGGGCCAAGUGAGGGCCCAAGCCAGGACCCAACCCUAGGUCCAAAUCAGGACCCAACCCCAGGACCAAGCCAGGGCCCAACCCCAGGUCCAAGCCAGGACCCCACCCCAGGUCCAAGCCAGGACCCCACCCCAGGUCCAAAUCAGGACCCAACUCCAGGUCCAAGCCAGGACCCCGCCCCAGGUCCAAGCCAGGACCCAGCCCCAGGUCCAAAUCAGGACCCAACCCCAGGUCCAAGCCAGGACCCCGCCCCAGGUCCAAAUCAGGACCCAACCCCAGGUCCAAGCCAGGACCCAGCCCCAGGUCCAAAUCAGGACCUCACCCCAGGUCCAAAUCAGGACCCCGCCCCAGGUCCAAAUCAGGACCCCACCCCAGGUCCAAGCCAAGGCCCAGACCAGUGAAAUCCAAGAGAUGAAGAGAAAGGAAGGGGCUCUGCUCUGCUCUGCUUUCCCUUCCCAGGUGGGGGGGUGGGGAAUAUUCUUGUCACUGUCUUUAAUCGCAAUAUUGUCUUAAUUGGUGGUCAUUAUUAACCUCAGGGGGAGUGUUUAAGCAAGGUGUCCUAAAUAACACCUGCUUACGGGUUUAUUCUACUUGGAAAACCCUCAUUCCUGCCUCCCCCCCCAUCUUCUCUCUUCUCUCUUCUCUCUUUCU